GAACCUGCUGCAGGCGGCAGCUCAGCUUGCGUGUCAGGUCACGUUCGGCAGUGGUGUGAGCAUCAGCGCGCGCACCUGUGGCCACUUCCCAGCCCUCCCUGCUGGAUGCGCUCCGGGCCGCCACAAGACCAGAAUGGCCACCCCACCGAAGAGGAGCUGCCCAUAUCCCGCGACUGGCUCUGAGGGGACCCGCAUCAAGAAAAUUGCCAUCGAAGGGAACAUCGCUUCAGGGAAGACAACAUUUGUGAAUAUCCUAAAACAGGUCUGCGAGGAUUGGGAAGUGGUUCCUGAACCUGUUGCCAGGUGGUGCAAUGUUCAAAGUGCUCAAGGUGACUAUGAGGAACUGACAACAUCUCAGGAAAGUGGUGGAAAUGUUCUUCAGAUGAUGUACGAGAAACCUGAACGGUGGUCUUUUACCUUCCAGUCAUAUGCCUGCCUCAGUCGAAUACGAGCCCAGCUUGCCUAUCUUGAUGGCAAGCUCAAAGAUGCAGAGAAACCUGUAUUAUUUUUUGAACGAUCUAUAUAUAGUGACAGGUAUGUCUUUGCAUCUAAUUUGUAUGAAUCUGACUGCAUGAAUGAAACAGAGUGGACAAUUUAUCAAGACUGGCAUGACUGGAUGAAUCAACAGUUUGGCCAAAGCCUUGAACUGGAUGGAAUCAUUUAUCUUCGAGCCACUCCAGAGAAAUGCUUGAAUAGAAUAUAUUUACGAGGAAGAAAUGAAGAACAAGGCAUUCCUCUUGAAUAUUUAGAGAAGCUUCACUAUAAGCAUGAGAGCUGGCUACUGCAUAGAACACUGAAAACCAACUUUGAUUUUCUACAAGAAAUCCCUAUUUUAACACUGGAUAUUAAUGAAGACUUUAAAGACAAACACGACGGUCUGAUUGAAAAGGUCAAAGAAUUUUUGAGCACUUUGUGAUUUUGCUGAAGACUACAGGCAACCAAAUGAUUCCAGCUUUGUGUAUCUUCGUAGCUCAAUAUUGAUACAAGUCUCUAGAAAACACAGGUUUUUUACCAUUUUUGUUCCAAGAAAAAAAUUGUUUUGAUGAAUUCUAUAUAAAAGUUUAUGAGCAGUUUCUUUUCUUUUUUGCUUUAAAAAAAUAAGACAUCUAAAUAUCUCUCACGACAAAAAGUCUAGAGGUAGAUGGUUCCAGAGUAAGUACUGGCUAAAUUACAUCAUAAAGGACCCAGCCUCCUUCUGUUUUCCCCUCUAUUAUUCUCCUCAGCAGGUUGUCUGCCCAUCCCCCCUUGCUUCUUAUUUCACUGGUGACCAGUUUCUUAACUGGGAACUUUAAUAUUACAUGUAAAUGGUAAUGUGACCUGUGUAAAUUAGUGUACCUAUUACAAGCUGAA